AGGGUAACCCGAGCCCAGAGAAACCCGCGGCAGCGGUGCCAGCACCCAGCUGCCGCGGUCGGGGCCGGCUUUCCGCAGGGGCGGCCUGGGGCGCGGGGGGUGCGCGGGCGGCGGCCGCGCCAUGCAGUACCAGCCGCCGGGCGCGGCGCCGGCGGCGGCGGCGGCCCUGGGCGUCGGCGUCCCGCUGUACGCGCCCACGCCGCUGCUCCAGCCCGCGCACCCCACGCCCUUCUACAUCGAGGACAUCCUGGGCCGCGGCCCCGCCGCCGCCCCGACCCCCCACUCCCUGCCCGCCCCGCCGCCGCCGACGCUGCCGUCGCCCAACUCCUCCUUCACCAGCCUGGUGUCCCCGUACCGGACCCCCAUCUACGAGCCGACCCCCAUCCACCCGGCCUUCUCCCACCACCUCGCCGCCACCUACGGCACCGGCGCCUACGCUGGGCCCGUCUACUCCUUUCCCCGCGCCGUCGGCGACUACGCGCACGCCCUGAUCCGGCAGGACCCCCUGGGGAAGCCGCUGCUGUGGAGCCCCUUCAUCCAGCGGCCGUUGCACAAGAGGAAAGGGGGGCAGGUCCGCUUCUCCAACGACCAGACCAUCGAGCUGGAGAAGAAGUUCGAGACGCAGAAAUACCUCUCCCCGCCGGAGAGGAAGCGCCUGGCCAAGAUGCUGCAGCUCAGCGAGAGGCAGGUCAAAACGUGGUUUCAGAAUCGCAGAGCCAAAUGGAGGCGUCUAAAGCAGGAGAACCCCCAGGCCACCAAAAAAGAAGUGGAAGGUGCUGACAGUCACAGUGACCAAAGGCCAGAGAGCUGCCCAACCCCUGAGCAGAAGAGUAAGGAGGUCUCCCUGGACGGCUCGCAGUACACCCCCUCACCAGCCUCACAGGAGGACCUGGAGUCAGAUGUCUCUGAUGACUCUGAUCAAGAAGUGGACAUUGAAGGCGAUAAAGGCUAUUACAAUCCUACCCACUAAUAGCCCCAUGUGGAGAGUGGACCCUAACUCGGCUUGCACUUUACCAGGGGCUGGUUUGGAAGAAUGCUACAGAAGAAAACUUUCACCGUUCCACUGAAAGAAAAAAAAACAACACCAAAUAGACUCAUUUUAUAAUAAGCAGAGAAAGAAAGAAAGAAAGAAAGAAAGAAAGAAAGAAAGAAAGAAAGAUAUAUUUUCUGGUAACAGUCCAUUUUUGGCAGAUGUCGUAUUUGGUUAAAGGAACGUGGUUUGUAUUUAAUUAUUUGUAAGAUAUAUUUGUACAAUAAUCAAUGUUCUAACUGGAAUAGAAUACUGCACCCUGUCCUUACUCAUGGGGGGUCUGAAUCAGCUGCUGUUGGUGAUCAGGCAAAACUCCUUUCUAGCUAGCGUGGAAGUGAGUAUGGAUUGCAGGACUAAACCCUUUGUAUGUGUAAACAAAUGUAGUUUAAAUAGAUUAAUUUAAAUGCCCUUUUCAAGCAGAGAAACAUGUUCUGUGAAAUAGGGAGGGAUUUGACUGUCCCGACAAGUGCCUUAUGCUCACACCCUUUUACCUGCCGUGGUGCUCUCUACUGAGACAUACCUCCGCUCAUCAGGUAGAGUCUUUGGACAGAUUCAUUUUUCCUCUUGCAUGAGAUGAAAUGUGCCUUCUCUGAUUUUUGAGGACUUUGCUUCGCAAUCUGGAUGGUUCCAUUUGCAGGGGAAAAAAAAUUACAUAUUUUUCUCCUUGAAAAUCUCUAGCGCUGGUUUUUUUACAGAUUUUGUAUUUGAGAAGAAAAUGUGGGGAGUGAUACGGUCCUGCUGCAGGAGAAAAACUGGCAUCAGCAGUGGAGGAUAAGUAAGGCACACAGCCUUGGGAAGAUAGUGCCUAUCUGCUUCUGUACAUAGUAGUUUUCUUUAAAAGUCUUGCAGUUUUAUACCUCAUGUUGUUCAUAUUUUGUACAUAUUUGUUCAAUGUUUAAAAAAAAAAAGGCAGCAAAACCUGGUAUUUAAUUUUUGAUGGACUUGUCUGUGAAAUAAAACUAAACUCUGCACCACCUGCCA